AUGGCAGCGCGAAGUCUGUUUUCUGACGGUGGCUGGAAGCGGCCGGAUUCCGAGAUUGGCGAGUUUCUGGGAGACGUCCUGAAGCCAUGGAACAUCCCGCCCUGGAACCAUCAAAUUCAUCCUGGCCUGUUGACUGAUGCUUCUAGGGUCUGCAGGGCAAUUGAGGAAGACUCCACCGUUCAGGAGUGCCAAGUUUUGGGCAUGUUGCGAGGUGCACUAGGAGAGCACAUGUGUGUCAUCGAAGAAGACCCGCCCUUUCCCAACAUCUUCAAAGUGCAGACGGAGAACAAUCGAUGCCAUUUGGUGUGGGACACAGCAGCCCAGUGUCCCCAAUACACAGUGAAGGUCAGCAGUGUUCUGCUUGUGGGCUCUCGUGGCCAGGGGACACAGCUACCUGACUCGGACAUGGAUGUUGUCACGCUGGUCAGCUUGGAAGGUGAUGGAUCUCCGCACGUGAAGGGCCACUUCUUGAGCUUUGGCCACCGCAAAUUUGCUGAGUCCUUGUUCAAACGUUUGCAGGAGGCAGAAGCUGUUGAAGUGUUAGAUGCAUAUCCGCACAAGGACCGAAUCACGUGUUGCGUGGGGAAUGUGUCCGUUGAUGUUUUGCUGGCGUUGCCGCCUGAGAGCCUUUCGUUGGAAGACUUGCGCAUGGAUGAGCCAGGAGUUUGGAUUAAGACCUACAGCUUGAACCUGGCAAAAUGUCGCUGGGCAGCAGGUCAGCCGGAAGUCGUUCGGAACGCAGCAAGGUUGAUGAAGCUAUGGGCCCGCGCUGUGUGCCAGCAAGAAUCCACAGCCCCCCUCGCUCACCUGGGGGUGGACAACGAAGAGGAUGACCGAGACAUGAAAAUCAAUAUGCAUGCCCUGCUGGUGGUGAUUGCAGCUUUGCACCGAAGCUGUCUGACAGAAUCUGCGGUGGAGCUGUGCGCGCAUACCUGGCAGUUGCUCAGUUCUUUGCGAGUGGAUCUGCUGGUUCUGGUCAGUUUUGACACACAUUUUGUCCCCAAGCUUUCUUGUGGCCCACGAUUCCACAGGGAACUUGUUGCGUCGUUGAACUGGCAAGGAUGCGGGGUUACCGGACUGGCUAUAGAAGACAUCAUGCAGCCAGAUCGCUUAUACUGUUGCAGUGAGACGAUCAGACUAGAAACAAUCGCUACGUAUGCUGCAUGUGCCCUAUCCCGCCUGACUGUGGUUGAUAGCUGGUCGCAGAUGACGGAUCCUUGCGACAAAGCGGACCCUGGCUUGAGGGAUGUGUUUGCGCUAUUCGUUCCUUUCUGCGCAACUCAUUUCUCACACUUUCUGGAAGUCAGAGGAAGAAUCAGAUGUCCCUCGGGACAUGACAUGCUUCCAGGUGCAGUGGCUUGCAACCUUGUUUGUGACGAUUGCCAGCUCACAGUUGACGGAUCAUUCACGGUGGGCUGUCGCCAAUGUGAUUUUGAUCUCUGCAAAGACUGUGUCCAGGCAGAUGCUUCCAUGGCCUGUCACUUCCCUGAGCCUUUGGAACCCAUGUGGGACAGGGAGCAGCUGAUAGUCGCAAACAGGAUCAAGAACCGGAACAUCUCCGCACGUGACGAAGGCCUCUCCCGAUGGGUUGGUCCAAAGUGGGCCACACGGGUACAGUUGGCCACGAACUUCGGAAGCCGGGGUCGUCCCCACGACAACCUCCGUGUCUCUGUGUGGCUGGAUGAGCCUGAGCUCUUCUGUUUCGGAGUUCGGCCUCAGCUCUACGACAGGUUCAACGUCCGCUUUGAGAUCAUGGUUUGCAACACCCAGGAGACCGCAUCUCUUAAAAAGACUGGCAAGUUUGACUUUCUGCCGAGGAUAACGGGAGGACAUGUCUACACGGAGUGGGACACCAGCCUUUCUGUCUCAGACAUACAGCAGCCUGAUGCCGGCUGGUUGAACGAUGACGGGGAGCUUCGUGUGCAAGCGGUUGUGACCUUUGUGUCAGAUCGACCGCCACAGCGUGCAGAAGACUUCACGCAGCAGAUAACGCAAGUAACCUUCCAGAUGUCAGAAGGCCCACCCUUGUUUUUUGACAAAAGAGUCCUGGUUGCCCAGUCGGAGUAUUUUGCAGAGAUGCUCUCGAACGAGAGCUGGAGAGAAGGACGCACCCAUGAAGUCGACCUUCGCAACAACCCCGACGCAAACCAUCAAACAGUGAGUGCAGUUCUUACCUUCUUGCAGAAGGGCACCUUCGUGGCCAACGGAGAUGCAGCGUACGCGAUAUCAGUGCGACGCCUCGCUGAUCAGUAUCGGCUCACGGACCUAGUUACAGAAGUCGAUCAUGAGUUGACCACUCUCCUGUCCGAAGACAACGUCUUGACGCUGCUGAGACAGGUGGUGGGCACUGGUGGGGUCUUGGAGAAGUGCUGCGUGAAAAUGUUGCGCGCAGACGACUGGGAGAUCUUGGAGCAACAGAAGGACAAGCUGUGCCAGCUGGCCAAGGACGACGCGGCUCUGUCAGCAAAACUCAUGGAGCUCUUUGUGGAGGCGGCUGGCGAAUGGCGUGCGGCGAAGCGUGCGCGAACUCAGCCUCAGCCCACUGAGUGGGACGAUGACGAUUGGGACGAGUGGGACUAG